AUGGCCGACUACGCCAAGGAGCUCCUCGUUGCCCAGCUGGCCGUCCAGCGCGCCACCAUCCUGACCAAGCAGGUUUUCCACGAGAAGGCCAAGGGUUCCGUCGACAAGUCGGACAAGUCGCCCGUGACCAUUGGCGACUUUGGCGCGCAGGCGCUCAUCAUCUCCGCUCUCAAUGCCAACUUCCCUGACGACGAGAUCGUCGCCGAGGAGGAAUCGAACCUCUUGCGCGAGAAUGCGGGCCUCCAGGCCCAGAUCUGGGACUUUGUCAAGGGAACCAAGCUCGACGAUGAAAAGUCGGAGGAGGUGAUUGGCGGCCCCAUCAAGUCGGCCGAGGACAUGCUCAAGUUCAUCGACCUGGGCGCCAGCAAGGGCGGCGCCAAGGGCAGGAUAUGGUGCAUCGACCCUAUCGACGGCACCAAGGGCUUCCUCCGCGGCGGCCAGUAUGCCGUCUGCCUCGGCCUCAUGGUCGACGGAGACGUCAAGGUCGGUGUCCUCGGCUGCCCCAACCUCCCCGUCGACGACAGCGCCCCUCUGACGGCGGACAUUGGCUACAACCAAACCGACUCGGGUCACGGCGUCAUCUUCUCCGCCCCCAUCUCCAUGCGGCCCCUGACCGACAUGUCCAAGGCGAGCUUCUGCGAGUCCGUCGAGGCCGCCCACUCCGCCCACGACGACCAAGCCAUCAUCUCUCAGAAGCUCGGUAUUACCGCGUCCAGCGUGCGCAUGGACAGCCAGGCCAAGUACGCUAGCAUUGCUCGCGGCGCAGGCGACAUCUACUUGAGGCUGCCUGUCAAGGCUACGUACCAGGAGAAGAUUUGGGAUCACGCGGCCGGCUACCUCAUCGUGAAGGAGGCUGGUGGCGAGGUGACUGAUGUUCACGGAAAGGCUCUGGACUUUAGCAUCGGCAGGACGCUGGCGGCGAACAAGGGCGUUGUCGCCGCUCCGGCGUCGGUGCACAGCCAGGUCAUUGACGUUGUAAAGGAGGUCUUGAGCCAGAAGGCGGCUGCGUGA